AUGUCCCAACCAGCCGCCAGCGACUCUGGCCCUGUCACCAAUGGCUCCCGGCCAGCGCUAAGAUAUGCAGACAUCGGCAUCAACCUCUCCGACCCCAUCUUCCGCGGCGUAUACCACGGCAAACGAGCACAUGAAGAUGACCUACCACACAUAAUUGAGCGCGCACGCAAAGCAGGCGUAAGGAAGAUGAUGAUCACAGGCUCUGAUCUGAAAGAAAGCGCAGGCGCAGUCGCAUUGGCGAAAGAAUACCCCGGGCUCUGCUACGCUACUGUGGGAGUCCAUCCGUGCUCCUCGACGUCUUUUGGGAAACAUCCUGCUGGUCCGGAAGCACUGCUUGCGGAGGUGAAGACCUUGGCGCAAGAGUCGAGGGAUGAAGGGUCUGCUGUGGCUUUUGGCGAGAUCGGACUGGACUACGAUCGUCUGCAGUUAGCGGAUAAGGAGACGCAGUUGAUAUACUUCGCCAAACAGCUGGAUGUGGCUUGCGAGCUUGAUAUGCCGCUUUUCCUGCACUCCAGAGCGGCUGCGGAUGACUUCGAGAGGUUACUGAAGGAGCGGCUGGAUCGAUUGCCGAAACGAGGAGUUGUGCAUUCUUUCACUGGAACGAUGGAGGAGAUGCGGAGGAUUGUGGACCUGGGCUUCGAUGUGGGAAUCAAUGGGUGCAGUAUGAAGACGGAGGAGAAUCUUGCCGUCGUCAAGGAGAUCCCGCUUGAACGAUUACAGAUCGAAACGGACGGGCCUUGGUGCGAGAUGCGGCCGAGCCACGCAAGCUCGCAGUUCACGAAAGAUGCUCCGCCUUUGCCGAAAGCCUUGAAGAAGGAGAAGUGGAGCGCGGAGUGCAUGGUCAAGGGGAGAAAUGAACCCUGUGCUAUCACUCAUGUUGCUCAUGCUAUUGCUGCUAUCAAAGGUGUGCGGGUGGAGGAUGUGUGCGAGGCCGCAUGGCGGAACUCAAUACGUAUGUUCGGUCUUGGGAAGUCGCUUCGAUAG